UUACUAUGGACGCUGCUUGAAUGACUCUUCACUACCAGCCCUUGAGUAUUAUUUAGUGAAAGUUGGACACGAAGGUCUGAAUGAUGUCUCAUCUUUACCGAAUUUGCACCGAAAGAUAAUCCCUAAAUGCCAGCCCCCCUCGCCCGCUGGGAGGACAGCUGGUGCAGUGAUAACAUUGGAGUCGGGGUUGCCCUUGACUUGGGCAGGACUUAGGAGGAGGAGGGGACGACGAUCAUGCAACCUGAUGAAAGAAGUUACAUUAUUGUGGCUGUGUGAUCUGCAUCGGCAGGGCUGUCAGGGAUGCUCUGUGAAUUAAUGUCAUCCCUGCUCCCGGCCCAGGAGCACCAGCGUCCUGCUGAAACAAGCAUCUGCAGGGAGCCCUGGCCCCGGAGCUCCGCUGGCCGAGCCGAGGAGGCCUGAGCGGUCUCCACCUCCGGAUUAUGGUGGAUGGUGGCAGAAGGCAAGUGUGCAUGACAAGAUAAACAAACCCAGAGCUGUCUGCUGUCCUGCAGCAGAGAUAAAGUAGAGGCUGUAAGCGUGCUUGUCAUUGUUGCUUUUUUGGGUCUCUUUGUGUGAGUAGAUGUUCCUAUUAAUAAUAGAUGUGAUGGCCAGCAGCCCCUGAACUGUAAACGCGUUCUUUGACUGGACCGGCUUGUUUUUUGAACCUUUAAAGAAAGUUGACUGAAAAUGAUGGCUGACCACGAGGAAGCAGAGCUGUCCGAGUCCCUUCAGAAGGAGGACGGGUUUUCCAGCGAGGUGGAGGAUCCAGGUACGAACUUCAAAUCUAAAAGUUUGCCUGUUUUAAGUGAAGCUGCACCUCAGGAGAAAACCUUACUGGCGAGCUCAGCGCGGAUGUCCAUAACGGCCGAGGAGAGCACAGAGUUCAUCCAGAUCCCGCCCAAGACAGAGUCGUUCCAGGCCGAGUCCCCGACGAGAGGGAACUACCCGCCAAAGCCGGGGAAGUCGGCGCUCAAUAGGCCGACCUCGUACAUGGAAAACACGGAGAUCCGAAGGAGUAAACACAUGGCUAGGAGGAAGCCCCCGGGGUUUUUCGCCACCAGGCUAGCUCAGAUUCGUCUGCCCAGUCGGAAGCACCUUGGCGUCAUCUUGCAGGACUCUCGCUGCUUCCUGUUCUGCAUGUGCUACUUGACGUUCAUCCAGUCGCUCAUGGUGUCUGGCUACCUCAGCAGCGUCAUCACCACCAUAGAGAAAAGAUACAGCCUGAGGAGCUCCGAGUCAGGCCUGCUCGUCAGCUGUUUCGACAUCGGGAGCCUCCUGGUGGUCGUCUUCAUCAGCUACUUUGGUGGGCGGGGCCAGAGGCCUCGCUGGCUGGCAGUGGGGGGCAUUUUCAUCGCUGUGGGUGCUGCCCUGUUCUCCUUACCUCAUUUCAUCUCCCCGCCCUACCAGAUCCAGGAGGUCAACUCAUCUUCGGCCAACGAGGGCCUGUGCAUGAAUAGCAAUGCCAGCAGGGAUCGCAUUGAUAUCACUUCCUGUCCCAGAGACCAGGAGGGCAACGAGCACAACCUAUACGUGGCGCUGUUCGUCAUCGCUCAGAUCCUGGUGGGCAUGGGGUCCACACCCAUCUACACACUGGGGCCCACGUACCUGGACGACAAUGUGAAGAAGGAGAACGCCUCGCUGUAUCUAGCCAUCAUGUACGUGAUGGGAGCGCUGGGCCCGGCGGCUGGUUACCUGCUGGGAGGAGUCCUCAUCGGCUUUUACGUGGACCCCAAGACUGUUGUCAACAUCGACCAGAGUGAUCCCCGCUUCAUUGGAAACUGGUGGAGCGGGUUCCUGCUGUGCGCCAUAGCCAUGCUGCUGGUCAUCUUCCCCAUGUUCACCUUCCCCAAGAAACUGCCGCCCCGACACAAGAAGAAGAAGAGGAGGAAAAAGCUGAGUCUGGACGACCUGUCCAGUGACGACGACGUCCUCAAGGAGAAGAGCAACAACAACAAGACCCAGACGGUCACUUCGUCCAUGGGUUUUGGCAAGGACAUCAAAGACCUACCUAAAGCUGCAGUGAGGAUCCUCAGCAAUGUGACCUUCUUGUUUGUCAGCCUGUCCUACACGGCAGAGAGCGCCAUCGUAACUGCUUUCAUCACUUUCAUCCCGAAAUUCAUCGAGUCUCAGUUUGGGAUCCCUGCCUCCAAUGCUAGCAUCUACACUGGUGUGAUUAUUGUACCUAGUGCCGGCGUGGGGAUCGUCCUGGGCGGCUACAUCAUUAAGAAGCUGAAGCUGGGCGCUCGCGAGUCGGCCAAGCUGGCCAUGAUCUGCAGCGGCGUGUCCCUGCUCUGCUUCUCCACGCUGUUCAUCGUGGGCUGCGAGAGCAUCAACCUCGGAGGGAUCAACAUCCCCUACACCACCGGACCUACACUCACUAUGACGCAGAGGAACCUGACCGGAGGCUGUAAUGUGAACUGCGGCUGUAAAAUCCACGAGUACGCUCCGGUCUGCGGCUCUGAUGGCAUCACAUACUUUAACCCCUGCCUAGCUGGCUGUGGCAGCGUGGCCAACGACAGCACUGGGAUCCGAAACUACUCCGACUGCGCCUGUGUUCAGAGCCGGCAGGUUAUCACGCCGUCGACCGGCAGUCAGGGCAGCAACCAGCUGCAGCUUGUCAUCGUCAAGACCUACCUGAACGAGAACGGCUACGCCGUGUCAGGGAAGUGCGACCGCACCUGCAAUACGCUCAUCCCCUUCCUCAUCUUCCUCUUCAUCGUCACGCUCAUCACUGCCUGCGCUCAGCCCUCCGCCAUCAUCGUCACCCUCAGGUCUGUAGCGGAGCAGGAGCGGCCGUUUGCUCUGGGAAUGCAGUUUGUCCUCCUCAGGACUCUCGCCUACAUCCCGACUCCCAUUUAUUUCGGGGCCGUCAUCGACACCACCUGCAUGUUGUGGCAGCAGGACUGCGGCGUCCACGGCUCCUGCUGGGAGUACGACGUCACCUCUCUGCGCUUUGUGUACUUCGGCCUCGCCGCUAGCCUCAAGUUCCUUGGCUUCCUCUUCAUCUUCCUCACCUGGUACUCCAUUAAGUACAAAGAGGAGCGGGUGGAGCGCUGGCUCAAGCGCCACCUGUCGCCCGUCGACACCGUGGGCAGCCUCGUCUGCCACCCUGGCGGCCACAAGGGCCACGCCCGCACCCGUUCCUGUCCCGUAAACAUCCCUCGAACCGACCCCAACGCUCUGCCUGCUAAUGCACCGCCGCGCGCCGGCACCCUGAACCGUGGCGUUAGCACCCAGAGCUGCCCCGGCCAGGAGCUGAAAGCAAUAACUCCUCCUCCGGCAGCCGCGGCUGCACCUUCACCCGCAGCGGCGCCCAACCCCGCACCUGCCCGAUCACUGGAACACGUCUCAGUCCGAGUCUGAGCUCCAGAUCCGGGCCGGGCGACGAGGCAGGUCUCUUCCACUGACUUCUCGUUUCUUCUGAAAUCCAGUCAGCUGGGUUUUUAGCCGCUGUCAGGAGCACCAGUCAUAACACGUAUGUCCUGCUCGCAUCUCAAAUCUCUGAUUGGCUGGUGAAACACUGGCAAACUACGUGGACCGAAAACCUUCAGGUAGACCUCCUGCUUUGUCCAGACCAGGCGGAAAUCCCUGCUCGGUUCAUGCUAAUGGAAGUUUAGUUUCCUUUGAGAUGGAAGACAGUUCAUCGCUCAUAAGCCCCCACCUCCACCCCUCCACCCUCACCUCGGCAAUGUGUGCCUUCUGUCACCACGGUCCUCACAUUAAUAGUACGAAACACACUGGAAGCCCCUCACACACACACACAGACUGGUCACCUUGAAGGAGUCGCCUGAACAGAUACCUCAGCUUCGCUAAACUCCCCCUUCAGCUUCACCGUCGCCUCACGUCUGCGUGCUUCAUCCUCAUUUGUGAUUUUCUUUUGAGCCAUUUUUGUUCUUGUAUCAGCACUUUCACUGGAAAAAAAAGAAAAAUCUUUGGAAAUGUGAUACACAACCGUUAAAGAACUGGAAACCGAUGGCAUGGUGCUAUGUGAAAAACAGCGUCCUUUUUUUUGGUCUUUUUUAAAAAGAAAAAACCCAACAGGUCACUGGGCUAAGCAGCUUGGCAUGCACAGAAUGCAUUCCUCUUCGAUGCAAGGCCUUUCGUUGCUCCCCUGACACAAUGACACGCAGUAUUACUGCUGGAAGUCGGAUUGUUUUGGCUUUUUCCAGCUCCAUACAAUGCAUCCAUACAUCCGGGCCUCUGACUGGCACCCUGUGAUAAGCAGCUUAACCUGGGGAGACAAAAAAAAAAAAAAAAAGAGGAUCAACAGUUUCCUCCUGACCACAUUCCCGGCGAGCCAGCGACGGAUCCUCCUAAUAAAUGACUGGAAGAACGAGGAAAGAAACAGACUGCAUUUCAGGCUCAGUGACUUCCGUCCACUUUACUAACAGCAACACUAACAUUUGUACUCAACAUGUAGGAUGGCGAGUAGUCAACCAUUACGUAGAGGUCAUAGUGUAGUCAUCUGUUCCCUUUGUCUGCUCCAGAAAUGAAAGCGGCGUCUGCAGAUGGAAACUGUAUGAAUGCCCCUUGUUGGUUUAAUAUGAAACAGUAGUCCUGGUGUAUUAUGGGUAAUGACCUUCUCGGCUGCCAGAAUGUGAUGUGUGUUGCGUUUGAUAGGUGUAUGUCGCAGCGAAGUGAGGAAAAAAUUAAGAAAAUAAGGCAUCAGUUUGCAGAAUGGUUCAGUAGUUUACUGAGAAAGUAGAGAAAAGUAGAGAAACUGAUUCCUGAUGGAGUGCAGCUAAUGAUCGUUUUUUUUAAUCUAAAAAAAAAAAGUCAAACAAUGUGAAUCAACAGUUUUUCUGAGCUCAAAUUUUUUUGUUCGAUCCCAAAACCCAAAGAUGUUUUUAGCAAUAUGAAAAACUGAAACGCUUAACCUAUCAAAUGUGCAAGCCAAUUAGGCUGAUUUCCAGCUCCACUGUUUUACUCUUGGACUCAACUAGAGUAGCUUUGCAUGAUUCACAGUUUAAAAUAGUCCUCCUUUAACUCAUACAGGGCCUUUGUGCAGCCCCUCAAUUCAUCCAAUGUCCCAAACAAGCUCUUUUAAUAUUUUACACCAGUGGUUCUUAAACCUUUCCAGGCGUGAUCCUGUUUGCACCUGUCACUAAACCAUUUUUUAUCAACUACUAACAACAAACAUAGGAACUUGAUCUAGAGUCAAUGCAAGAACAUUAAAAAAAAUCAGAGUUACCACUGCUUUAAACCCACUUUCUUCUGGUUGGCUGCCCCUCACAAACAGUAGGUUUGAGCAGCAGGGGGGUGGGGCUUUGGUCUCAAACCCAGAGUGUUGUUGCCUAGAGAUGACAAUAGUAGGGACUUCCCUGCUCACUGACUUAAUAUUCACCAUUAAAAGAGCAGACAUUUGACGGCCAGUAAGGAAAACAGCUCAACUUUAAAAGAUGUGAAGCACCAGUUUGGACCUCAGACGUUGUUUUUUCUUUUGGCAGUUUGGUGUGACAGAUUUAGUCGCUAAAGGUCAGAAUAAAUUUUGCUCCAUUUAUUAUGACAUUUAAAAAAUGUAAUAUUAAACUCAAAAGGAGAGUGUUCACUGAGCUCUUACACAAAGAAGAAGCAGUCUCGUUUUUCGGUAUCAGACUUUGUUCUGCAGCCACAGGCGUCGCCCCCUGGUGGUCAUUAGAGAGAAAGCAGGCGUAAAGUUAGAGUUGUGAAUCGUGUUCUGUGAAGGAGAAGUUGCACAACUGCUACUAAAUGCAUCGAAAGCAAGCAGUCACGUGACACUUAUUGUCGAAAAGUUUUCCACAAUAAGUCUCAACAAAAAUAAAUAAAAAUGAUUGAAGCUUACCAAUCUGAAGAAGAAACAACACAAUAACAUCUUUGGGAAAAAAAAUUUUAAACCUUUUUUUUUCUUGUUUGUUUUUGUUUUGAUUUUAAAGGUAACAAUUAAGCCAUAUUUAAAGCUUGUUUAAAAAUUAGUUAGUGGUUAAAGUAGUUAAAUUUUUGAUGUAGCAGCCCAGUGGAAGCAAAUAAACAUUUGCUUCCAAAUAAACGUUUUUAAUUCUACUUUACACUAAACGAACUCUGGAACUGAACUGAUACUUAAUACUGAUGAAAGCUCAAAAAGUAACAAGUUUAAUUCCUAAAAUGUUUUAAUAGUUUUGCAAUAAAUAAAUAAAUGAAUAGUAUUAGUAAAAGUAAAUUAAUAACAUUUGUCAGAUUACAGUCAGGAGCGCACUGUGAUGGGACAAACUUCUUUUGUGAUCCCCAAAAAUAAUUUUGCUCCAGGUUUUUUUGGGGGGAUUUUUUUAAAUCCAGAAAUUACAUUUACAACUCUAAAAGAAAUAGAAACAUUCUUGAACCUGUACCAUCAUGUAAGCCAUGUUUGUAUUUUGUAUAUUAACAGUCUGAUGAGGAUUUGCUUCCACUGUGGCUGCAGGCCAAAGCUUUUCUCCUCAGUCUAGAAAAUUAGGUUUUGGGCAUUUCUGAGCUGUAAGGACAGAAAUAUAAAUUUAGAUCAGUGUUAGAGCUUCUUUCCUUUUGGCUCAGUGUUUACAGCUCGUUACACAUCCUUUUUUGUUUUUCCCUCUGAAAACUCAAACUGUGUUUGGAUGUCGAGGUGUGAUGCCCGUGGAGGUUCGGUGUUACAUGUGCUCUUACUGUACACACACACAGAGUCCUGAGCAGUUUCAUCGAUCGCUGUCCUGUGAGGACACCUGCUGGGCAGAUGUGUACCAGCACGUAGGACACGGGAAGCCAUCCGACACGCACAUCAUGUCUCAAACCAACCGAAGAGAAAGAGGAUCGAUACUUAUCGAUACUUAUUACAUGCGACAGAGAAAAAGAACCAAAACAGUAUUUUUGUGUGUAGACAGCACGGUUGGUGCCUCAUUUUGUCCCCGUGUUUUUACUUUUGAGACCUCAGAUAAAAGCAGCUCUGAAACAAACAGUUUCUUAUGCUAUUAUUUAUCCUGCAUCCUAUCGUUUGAACAUUUGAUAUUUAAUGCUGAGCAUUUAAACUGAGCAAACUUUAAAAUGAGAUGCCUGACCAUUACUCCUGAACCCCAGAAAGUUUACGCUCAUUUAAAGCCACCUGUUUCAUUUGCUGCAUGGUUUGAACUCCAGCAGGUGAAGGACAAUUUAAAAUGUUUUCUGGCGGUUUACCUCUUUCACCAAACUAAAAAAAAUUGAUAAAAGCAGCUAUUUAAGCAGUAAGACUUCGGACAGAUGAGAACAGGUCGACUUGGGCUGUAUUUCACAUUUAUCAAAGAAUUUAAAAUUGCUAAAAGAAUUAAAAAUAUAUUUUGGGGGCAAAAUAGUUAAACUCAAAGCUGUGAGCAAGUCUAGGCAUACCUGUAAAACUAUAAAAAAAGAACAGUUACUCAUAAGUUUACGUUAUAUGUGCAUUAUUGACACAGUAUUGUCACUUCAUUGUAAUCAUCAAUACGCGGUUAUCAUGAAACUCAUAACAGCCAAGAAACAAUCGAUUGGUCGACCCAGAGACUGCUGGCCUACAGCUGCAGGGCGCUGAGGUCUCCAACACAGAGAAUACACAAUUAAUUUAUAUGAACUUGUUUUUAUUUACAGCUACUGCAUUAUUAUUAUUAUUAUUUUAUUUUUUACACCUGCUUCUUAUUUUGUUCCCCUCAGAGAGUCGCGGUGCAUCUUGUGCAGCAACAGGAUAAAAAAUAAAAAUUCAAACUUGGAGUCAUAAAAAUGAGGAAAGUUUUUGAAAAUGUCUUAAAAAAAAAAAAAAAAAAAAAAAAAAAAAAAAAAAAAAAAUUAUAAAAUAUUUCAAGAUGAGGCGCAUGCUGGAGCUGAUGACUGACUGUUGAGCUUAAAGGGUUCAGUGAUUUUAAAAAAGAUUCUUGUUUUAAUUAAAGUGAGUAUUAUUAUCUAACAGGUUAGAGCUCAUGUCUGAUGCAAUAACAUGUUUUUUUUUAAUGUUAGAGUGACUUUUGAGGUGAUAAAUUUAAGGACAGGUGGACAAUAAUCACACACAAGAAACGUCUGAGGGACAAAAAAAAUCGUACCACUUCUCAGUAAAUGUAAGGAAAACGUCUCGCACGGUUUCAGUAGAGACAGUAGAGUAGAAUCAAAUUUCAACACAUCAUUCCAUUUUCAUGUACAGCGAGAACAACUAAUUCAAAUCUCACCCGUGUCCGUCUGUGUCGUGUUAGAGAUGCUCGUCCAUCCGUUUAACAUUUAAGAACCAGAACAUCUGCUGUUUCAGUUUGUCUUACACCUAUUUUGCAGCGCUGCGGUUCAGCUGCAGGUGGCGCUGUUUCACGUCUCAAACGACACUGGGAGGAUGAACUGCUGACACCAGUAUUUCUUGAUGGCUGGCUUUUUUUUCCCUUUUUGAUACCACAUAAAAAGAAAUCGGGAAGUUUUUGUUUAACAGGGGGAAAAGGUGCGUUUAUUGGGGACUAUUUUUCAUGGCGGAUUGGUCCACCUUUGUUAGGGGCAGCGCAGUGAUGCAUGUGGGAGUGGGUCUGUGUUCGUGGUAAUAAAGGAACAUGUCAGUAAUUUUUGGACAGCGGUGCAGUGCUGUUAGGAGGAAGUUUGUGGAUUUCUGGGUGUCGUACAAGUUUAAUAAACCUCGUAAUGAGGCACACAGGAAGCCUCCUAAUCAGACACCUGAUGCACUGAUAGAAAUACUGUAAUUUUUAUAAUGAAGCUGAAAGCUUUUUAAGGGGUUCAAAGGUCCAGAAAUUCUCACUUCUCAUUUUAGCCGCACAUAACCACAAAAACAAAGUGUUAGAACCACAAAUGUUUACCAGCCCUGCAGAUGGUGUCAGUAUUUCGUCCUCUGGCUUCAGGAUUUUACCACAUCGAGUUGUUUACCUCUGUGUGCCGCUUCAUAUGUGGCAUCAUUUCCAGACUGUGACUACAGACAAAGACUGAAUCUUUACGAGCUCCUUCAGGCAGAUGUAGGUUUUACCUUCUCCUUAUUUUAUUUUUUUUUAAAGAAAAAAAACACAAUCAGUAUUGUAUUUAUUUCCAAACAGUGUUUUUGAAUGAUUGAACGAUCGCACUGAUGAGAGGCAACAUGUAGAUUUGUGGAUGCACUGUUUACAGAUGCCUUGGUUACUUGACUUCUGUCAAUAAAAAUGUGAAGAAAAAAAUUAAUAAAAGAGAAUUACAGAAA